AUGGUUGAACGAAAGUUCCAGAUCAUAGAUAAAUAUGAUUUCAACAGAACAUACCACGGCAUCGCGAUAUCCGAACAGUGGCAAGCCUGGGAGACGGCGCACUUCUUCCGUGUCAGGUCCAUCAUCGAGAACCCGACCGCAGGCGCGCGGCUAAUUGCCUAUGGCUGCAAUAACGGUGAUGCAAACUCACUCAACUGUACGACAACAUGCUCCAACGCAACACUCAUGUAUAGCUCGCCUGAGAACAUGUGGAACUGUAUCACGCUCGCGACGUUGGGGAUGCUAGUUGGACCUGGGAAUGAUACAAUUGACCGCGAAAGUGAGAAGGAAAUGGAUGAUAAGUUUCAUUUUGGAACUGUUGAGAAGUUCAAUACUUUGGAUGUCUUUCGGAAGGUCAGGGACUGCGCUUGGGCUUCUUGCUCUGACUCUACGUACGGCAGCUGCACGAGCAGUCUUCAAGGGUUCAAGUGCGGACCUAUUUCACCGGAUAAUAUCGCCAAGUUUGGUAGAGUCAUGGCAAAGCCCUACUGUCAGGCUGCAAGCGCUGGUAUAGACUUGGACAUUGCUGGACAAGGUAUCGUCACGGCGUAUGUCAUCCAGCUAGUGCUCGUCCUGUUCCUCGGUUUCUGCUUUAAGUUGACAACGUCAUGGAUCCGAACUUUUGGCCGCAUGAGUAGCUCAUUCCAGAAAGACUCUGUAUUUCGACAAACAUGCCACAGGUGGCAGAGAACACUGUCCGAAACACGCUUCGCAAAAGCUUCAUCCUCCGCUAUGCUCGACCUUCAAGAGUCGCAAGCUCUAUUCGCUGCUACCAUCUCGAUCACGGCCAUCAUCACGUUCGACGGCGGAAAUAGGGCCGGCUUAGCCAACAUGCUUACACUCUUCUCGUGGAUGUUCAACCAUCGGAUCCUGCAAGGACUCAUCACAGCUGGUAUAUACCCGGCUCUGAUGACGCAGCUCGUUAUGCACCGAGCUGGAGAGCGUCGAUUCUACACCCUCUUCUUCGUUGUUCUGUCCUGGAUCCUCAUGAUAGUCAUUACCGAGGUUCAAGACUUCAAUGCCGAUGGAUUUGAAGAACACCUGAAGCAAGUUUCGACCGUGGAUGCUUGCGGAGGCAAUCCUGGGCCAAUGAGCUUCUGUCAGGGAAUCAAGGAAAAGAGCCGCUAUGAUUUCUUUAACGUUACCCUUACAUGUCGGUUUGCAGUUCAUAUCAUAGUAUCAUGCCUAGUCAUCGACUGGAUUGUGCAUUUUACUAAGACACGAAUGACUGGAGACAAGAUCAAGUAUAUGCAAAUUGGCAGAGACUCUCGUACGAUCUUCUCAUUCGCGGAGACCAAGGGCGCCAAACUCUUGCUGGGAGUCUUCUGGGCUGCGAUCGAAAUUCUCACGGUUAUCAUGAUCUCCAUUGGUCUGCACGAGAUGGUUGAACUACUUGACAUGCACUCAUCUGGUAGUGGCCUGUCGACAUGGGGAUUUGGACAACUCGUUGCCGUUGCUAUCUGGUUCCCAGUAAUGAUCAAGUUCGUCUGCCUCAUUAUAUUCGGGCCCAGGAAAGAGGUCAAGCAGAUGGCCGAUGCAGACAGGCCACAAGUCUUGGAGAUAACUAGCUAUCCACAGAACAAAGCGGACAACACAGCAUCCAGAUCUGCUUAA